ACUCGACUCGACUGGACUGGGCUGCGGAAGGGGCCUCCGCGUCGACGGCGGGGCACCCCUCGCGCACGCUCGCCAACUGCCCAAAAGGAGCAGCCUCCCUGCUCUAGAUCUGCAGCAGUCGCCGAAUCCUAUCCCACCCCACCUGCGGCAUCCCAUCCCUAAUUACCAACGUUAACUUUCCAACCUGUUUUGCGCUCCCUCUGCUGCUGCUGCUGCUUCCUGGCUUCCCUGGCUGGGUGCCAUGGGGUGCGGCCACUCCAAGCCGCCCCGUCGGGAUCAGGACGCGGCGGUCGCGCUCUGCCGCGACCGCUCCGCGCUGCUGGCCGAAGCCAUUCGCCACCGCUACGCGCUCGCCGACGCCCACCGCGCCUACGCCGCCUCGCUCAAGGCCGCCGGCGCCGCGCUGCACGACUUCAUCCUACUGCCGCGGCCGCCGCCCGAGCCCCCCGCGCUGCCGCUGCGCCUCCCCGAGCGCCGGAAGGGGGACCCGCUCCCCGCCGCCGACGCGCCCGACAACAAGGCCGAUGACGACGCCGGCCACAUAUGCUUCCACUCGGACGACGAAGGCGGCUCCGACGGCGCGCACAUCAGCUUCCCGUCGGACGACGACGACGACGACGAGGCCGACCCGCAUGUCCCCCGCCUCGAGCCCCUCCCGUCCGCGACACCGGCACCGCCACCGCCACCGCAGCAGGUGGCUCCGCCUUUCGUUUCCAGAUACGCUCCGCCGCUCUACAGCUACGUCCCCGGCCACGCGUAUGGGUACGGGCCCGACAUCGACGGCUAUGGACAUGGUUUCUUCAACAUCAGCUAUGCCCGCAGCCAGCCGCCGCCGCCGUCUGUGUCAUACGAGCACCGCACCCAAGCCACCAAUGCCACCGUCCAUUACUACCCGGGCAAUGGUGCCUCCGGCCCACCGCUGCCCGGACCCGGAUCUUACUACGGCAGCUAUCAGUACAGGUACCCCAACGACGGCGGCUUCCAUGAGACGGCAGCCUCCUCCGUCGAUGGGGCUGCGCCGUCGCCACCGCAGGUGUCAAGCUGGGACUUCUUUAACCCGUUUCAGUCAGUUGAAACUUACUACCAAGAGGAGCCGGCUGCCGUGGCGGCCCAUACCCCCAGGCGGACCUCCAAGGUCGCGCAGGAGGGGGGCGAAAUUCUGGAAUUGGAGAACGCGGAAGUGGAAGAAGAGGUCGUCAAGGAGGAAGCACGCACCAAUGGCAACCACGACAGUGAAGCCGACAGAGCUGGGCUCGCCAAGGACGAAGGGAGGAGCAGUGCCGGCGAGGAGCCGCACCGGGAGUCCAAGUCGUCGGAGGCAAGCAGCAUGGUUCAUCAUGUCCAUGUAGUGGAGAAGAGUGUGGUGGAAGAACAUUCAGAUGCCGCUGCGGUUCCCGGGAAGGCCUACAACGAUGACAUUGAGGUGGCACGGGAGAUCAGGUCGCAGUUCGAGCAUGCCGCAAACUCUGCAGCCAAUGUAUCCAAGGUGCUCGAGGUUGGGAAGAUGCCUUACCACCACAAGACCUCAGGACUGAAAGUAUCCUCAUCGAUGAUAAUCUGUGGCCGGCCUUCAGUCGGCGAGGAGUUCCUGCAGUUUGUGGAGGACAAAGCUACAGAACAUGGCAACCUUUCUUCGACAUUGCAGAAGCUCUACAUGUGGGAGGAGAAGCUUCUUGAAGAACUCAAGAGUGAGGAGAAGAUGAGGGUGCUGUAUGAUAAAAAAUGUGAGGAACUAAAAGUCCUUUAUGAGAGAGGUGCUGAGGCUCAUAAACUUGAGGCAAUUGAAACUUAUACCAGGAAGCUAUCGACAAAAAUAAGUGUUGCCAUUCAGGUUGUCAACACUAUCUCAAAGAAGAUCAAUAAGCUGAGAGAUGAAGAAUUGUGGCCGCAAACAAAUGAGCUGAUUCAAGGGUUGAUGCAAAUGUGGCAUGCCAUGUCAGAAUGCCAUAAAAUCCAGUGCCACGCCUUGUCCCAAGCUAAAAGCAUCGACUCUACCGUCGCAGCUGCAAGAUUCAGUGAAGCUCAUAUCGACCUAAUCAAGCACCUGGAGCUUGAGUUGCUGGAUCUGGUUGCCAGUUUCGCCGCAUGGGUUAACGCGCAAACGAGCUACAUUGGCACUAUAAACGACUGGCUGAAGAAGGGGAUUGACUAUGUGCCUGAAGUGACCGAUGACGGCACUCCCCCGUUCUCUCCGGGGCGCCUGGGAGCACCCCCCAUCUUCAUCAUCUGUAAUAACUGGGCGACCGGAAUCGCGAGGAUACCGGAGACGGGGGUGGUAGACGCCAUGCAGGCUUUUGCCUCCCAGGUUCUGCACCUGUGGGAGAAGCAGAGGUUAGAGUGGAGGCAGGGCAUGAUGGCCAACAGAGAAAUGGACAGGGAGCUUAGAGUGAUGGAGAGGGAUCAAGUGUCGAUGCGCAAGGCCCUCGAAGCACAGAAUAAGAAGCUCGUGCUUGUUUCGAAUCAGGGCGGCGUGUCCUUAUCUGCGCAGGCUGUGCAGGAUGGUGAUCCGCCCUCUGAAGUGGGUCUGCAAUCAUGCAUGAACAAGUUUUUCGAAGCGAUGGAGAGCUUCGCCGCCGCCUGCGCAAAUGCGUACAAGGAUCUCCAUCUUCGUUGCGAAGAAGAGAGAACUCGACCUGCCCAGGAGACCGACAGAGUUUCCUAGUGGCAUUUUCAGACAUUGCUUGUACAGUGAGAAGCAACCGACCCUGUGGUUUGGAUGAGCAGCAAAGGUGCACAUAGCAGCAGUAUCACAGAUUCAAAUUGCACUGUCUUUCUCCCUCUGUUGGGUUUCGGGAUCGUCACUGGGAUUUAAGCAGCCGAUGUGAAAGCUUGUCCUAAGAUGACCUCUGAUGAUCAGAUUGCCACUGCUCUUAUCAAACCAAUCUCUCAAGAUUUGAUGAUCUUCUGCUCCUCCUCUUCGUCAAUCGUCAUACCGAUGCCGACCGGAGGAAGAUGGUUCUUUAGACAAGUGAAUGGUCACCGGUGUUAUCGCCGGAAAGAAGAAAGCAUCAGAGACAAGGAGAGACACAAGGCGCUGAUCGGUAUCGGAAUAGAGAUCUUUUAUCAUUCAUGAAAACCCUACAAUUGUCAGUGUAGGAAGUAUGAACUCGGUCUUCUCUAGCCAAUGCAUGAUCCUGAUACAUGUUUGCUUGUUCAUUGUGGGGCUCUGCUACAGCUUUGUGCCCAAGUUAUCCGGGGAUUGACCUUUUUAGCGUAGACAAAGGUCCUGGCACCGCUUGCAGACUCUGAUUUUUCAACCACUGUCGAAAUUCACAUUUUAUUUAUUCCUAUAUAUACAUAUGAUUCAGUUGUAAUCAUGACUUUUGUACAGCUAUGGUAUAACUUGAGCCUUUGUGUAACAUCUUUUCUACUUUUAA